GGUUUUAAUCUUCAAGCGAUCCAGAGGUAAUCGUAACACAAUUACAAAUAAUCCUAUUUGUAUGACGCUAAAAUGACUCAGUCAUAAUUGUUUAUGCGGAAAUUUGGAGCUUAUAAUACAAGAAUGUUUUUAAAGAGAGAAUCGAUUGUGAUUGCACCUUUUUAGCGUCGUAAUCCCAUCCUCGACGUUGUAACACCUUUAGUCUUUUCCUUUAAGUGAUGAUGGCGACGAUUUUCUAUGGGUUUUUGUAACGAAAUAAAUUAAAUCACUUAGCUUUACUUGUUGGGUUAUAAUGACCUCAACAAAAGCAUUGAAAUAUCUGUUGAUAUACUCUUUGAGCCCGCAUCAUCCUUAGAAUCCACGGUUUUAAGGACCGAUGUAGUGUUUUUCACAUGAUAAGUUGUAGUUAAUCUAUAACAUAGUGUAAUCUUUUUCCCCCGAUUGCACAUGUGUAUAUGGGAGGAGCAACUUGACAUCUGGCGCACAACUUGCAGCUAGGGUGUUUGAGAGUUUUAAGUAAAUAGUUUCGGAACAAAAUGUUACUAUUUAUUUGAUUCCAUAUUUCGUACCACAAUAGCCUUAAUAUAGAUAUAUCUCUUUGAUGGUAUGAAUCGGAACGAUAAAUGCAAUUAAGGCCUUUGGAUAAUUCACUCGAUACAAAAAUAGCAUCACUGUAGAUCUUAUAUUCUUUAAAUUUAUUUUCUCAUGUUAAUCAUCCUUUCUUUCAAUAUCAUAUUAUUUUUAGAUUAUUUUUCCUCUAUUACUACUACUAAAAUUGAUUAUAUCUGAUCUCAAACACCUUGAAAAAAGAUAUUCUAAUAAUAUGUCUCAAAUGGAACACAACUUAAAGCUGUCUGUCUUCGGCUCUCCAGCCGAGAACCGCUUCAAUCGCAUUGUCUGUACCAUCGGCCCCCGCACCCAGAGCAUAGAGGCACUCAAAGGACUCAUUCAAAGCGGCAUGUCUGUGGCUCGCAUGAACUUUUCUCACGGCUCGCAUGAAUACCACCAGGCCACUAUUGAAAACGUUCGCAAGGCUGCAGCAGAGCUUGGCGUCAAUAUUGGAAUUGCGCUCGAUACGAAGGGCCCUGAAAUUCGAACUGGUCUGUUUGUCGGGGGCCAGGUGGUGAUUGAACAGGGCACGACAUGCCGUGUCACGACAGACUCCGCUUUUGCUGAAAAAGGAACCAAGGAUAAAUUCUUUAUUGACUAUCUCCACCUCCCUCAACUGAUGAAACAGGGCAGUUUUAUUUACAUCGACGAUGGCAUUCUGAUUCUUAAGGUCGAGUCCCGUGAAGACGAGCAUACUUUGAAGUGCAUUGCGACCAAUACACAUACAAUAUCAGAUCGCCGUGGUGUGAAUUUGCCUGGCUGCGACAUUGAUUUACCAGCCGUAUCUAAGAAAGAUAUGGGUGACUUGUGUUUCGGUGUGGAGCAGGGCGUCGACAUGAUUUUUGCUUCCUUUAUCCGAACUGCAACUCAGGUAGAUGAAGUGCGUGAGGCAUUGGGUCCCAAGGGUAAGGAAAUCAUGAUCAUAUCCAAGAUCGAAAAUCACCAGGGUCUCCAGAACAUUGACGCAAUCAUUAAGCACAGCGAUGGUAUCAUGGUUGCACGUGGCGACUUGGGCGUUGAAAUCCCCGCAGAAAAGGUCGUUGUAUCUCAGAAGGCUAUCAUCUCUAAAUGUAAUGUGGCCGGAAAGCCAGUGAUCUGUGCUACACAAAUGCUCGAGAGUAUGACGUUCAAUCCACGGCCAACUCGCGCAGAAGUCUCCGAUGUGGCCAACGCCGUCUUUGAUGGCGCAGACUGUGUGAUGUUGUCAGGCGAAACGGCUAAAGGUAAGUACCCUAACGAAGUUGUGCAAUACAUGGCCCGCAUCUGCCUUGAGGCUCAAAGUGCAACUAACCAUUAUGCUACCUUCAGCAGCAUUAAGGAACUCCAGCGCAUCCCGAUGAAGGUGGAGGAGGCUGUGUGCACCAGCGCCGUCAACUCAGCGUAUGAGGUUCAAGCAAAGAUGCUGCUGGUAUUGAGUAACACAGGCAAGACUGCGCGCCUUAUUGCCAAGUAUCGUCCCGAUUGUCCGAUUGUUUGCGUAACAAGCCGUCUACGGACUUGUCGUCAGCUCAAUAUUACUAAAGCUGUUCAGAGCGUUUUAUUUGAUACCGAGAAGUUCAGUGAUGUUGACAAGGAAAAGCGUGUUGAUCUGGGCAUCGAGUUCGGCAAAAAAAUGUCAUAUGUAAAGGAAGGUGAUUAUAUUGUUGUGGUUCACGCUGAUCAUCAGGUAAAGGGAUAUGCUAACCAAACACGUAUUAUGCUUGUCCACUAG